AUGUAGGAAAUCUCUCCAAAGGAUCAGAAGAAUCUAGCGGAUUAUCUCUAGAUAAUUUCUCAAAGUUCUCUGUUUGGGUUUCAUUUUUUGAGAUUUACAAUGAAUGUUUUUAUGAUUUACUGGCUCCUAUGUCAGAUGACAAGAAAAAAAAGACCCUUCGCCUUGCUCCAGACAUCAAGGGAUAUUCUUACGUAAAAGGUCUGCAGUGGGUUCAGGUCUCUGAUUCUAAAGAAGCUUUUAGACUUUUUAAACUGGGACAGAAACACCGGAGUUUUGCAAGCACAAAGCUAAAUACUUGCUCCAGCCGAAGCCACAGUAUAUUUACAAUCAAGUUACUAAAAAUUGAAGACCUUGAAAUGCCACGAGUGACACGAGUCAAUGAAUUAUCGCUGUGUGACCUUGCUGGUUCAGAAAGGUAUACCAAGACGCGCAAUGAAGGUGAUAGACUGAAAGAGAGUGGAAAUAUCAAUACGUCUCUCCUGACUCUAAGCAAGUGUAUUAGUGCACUCAAGAUCAGUCAGCAGUCAAAGGUGCAGCAGCACAUACCGUUUCGGGAGAGUAAGUUGACGCACUUUCUUCAGGGAUUCUUCAGUGGAAAAGGGAAGAUACACAUGUUAGUAAACAUCAGCCAGUGUGCUUCAGCCUGUGAUGAAACAUUCAAUGUGCUAAGGUUCUCAGCUAUUGCACAAAAAGUUAUAGUUUCGGAUGCAUCUGUUCCUCCUCGUGAUGAGUCAUUUGGCCAGAACUCAGCAAGUGGGUCAUCAAUGCCUUGUUGCUCUAAAAUGACCAUCCCAAGGAGAAGCGCUGGUUUUCUGUGGGACCGAACCCUAGAAGAUGUAGUGGAAGAUGAUGACUAUGAGAUGGAGCAAGAACAUAAUAAGUCAGGAGAAGAAACAGUGCUGAAAUACGAAGAAAAUGAAGUCCUGAUAGGAAAAGAAGAAUAUUCAGCACUGCUGAAUCUUGUAGAAGACCUGAAGAACAAACUUAUUGCUGAGAAGAAGGACAAGUUACUGCUGGAACUGAAAAUUCGUGAUGAAGUGGCCCAAGAAUUUACCCGAUAUUUUGCUGAGCAGGAAACGGAGUUCAAAGAACGCCUUUCCCAUGAACGGGAACGGCUUGAAGAAAAUUCUGAAAAGCGCCUUGAAAUUUUCAAGGAACUUGUAAGUGGUUAUGCUAACAACCCAGAGGAAGAGAGAUUAAGCAAUCUGCCUUGCAGCGAACAAGCUGAACCCCUGAAUGAUGUCAUGGAUAUUAAAAAGCAAGCUGAGGCAGCACAUAGCUACAUUGCAUCCCUAGAGGAUCCGCAGGAAGCUAUUGGUCGGCUUGAGAAGCAGCUGGAAAAAACUAGCUUUGAACUAAUGAAGACCAAAGAAGAGCUGACAGAGAAAAACACCAAACUGCUGAAAACUGAGGAAGAGCUGAGACAGAGGAACAAAGGUGAGUUGUGUGAUGUGACGGGUAGAAGAAAGAAACAGUUCACUAAUCUGAAGUAGAAAUAACCAGUUUGAGCUGGAAGUAGAGGAG